AUGGAGACUGCACCGCUUACCUUGAUCUCCCCGCGCAAGGCUCAUACCCAUGCACGAAAUGCAGUUCUUGAGACCCGCAAGUCAAACCCUGUCGCUGCGAGUGAGGAACAUGACUUGGCCGCGGGCGAGUUCGCUGCGGCGGCCCAGAAAAGCUCAGAUCGUGAAGCCCUGAGGACGCUACAGCUUCUCGAGCAACAUCAUAAGAAGCUCGCACAAAUCUUGCGAUUCCAGCAUGAGAACCCGCCUGCCGCUGCCACGAGUACACAACAAGUGACCAUGGAAUCGGGGGCAGCGAAGAUAGAUACACAGCAACAUCCACCAAAGCUACUAGGACACGCUCGCCUACCGGCAAGGGAGACUUCGUCCAUCGCUAGCAACUUGGCCUCCGCUCGAGGCAUUCCGUCGCAGCCACGCCGUGGCUCUCCGGUGUCACCUACAGUUUCCUCUCAGCAGGCAGGAGCGAAGAUGACAGAGGGACCGGCAAAGAUCAGAACCAGUGAGGCUCGAUUACGAGAAAGACAGGCCUAUGCGACAAAGGAACGUUCCCACCGGACGCCCUCUAAGCAGUCAUGGAAUCCACCUGCAGCCAGCCCUACCGAUAUCACCUCGCAACAAUUUGUACCUCCGGACGCCGAGUCGUCCCAUCUUAAGGACAUACAAGCCACAUCCGAGGAGCCAUUUCAACGGUUCUAUUCUACCUUUGAAGGACUUAUUUCCAGAUUGUCCGCACCGUUGGCUUUCGCAGGCCUCCCUUUGGGGUCAGACGUGUCGGAAAAGGCUGAAUCUGCGCGCAAAACGUCAGCAGAGACGAAGGUGGACCGUCAACCUGCAGUUUCCGAUCGCCAGAGUCAAUCUGGGGACACAGAUAUCAGCAAAAUAUUUUCGCGUGCUGCACUACGAGCUGUCCGAGAUUCAACGGGCGGGGGAACAGGAAGCACAGCUGAAUCGUUCUACGUCGUACCCACAACGGGUGGAACUGUUUCCUAUGCUGGGAUCUUGAGCAGGGCCGAAAAGGAAGCCCGGAGAAGUAGCUUCGAAGAGGGCGAUGAGGACUUCGUGGACGCCCGUGAGACACCGCCAUCACCCGAAAUGCGUCAGAGCAUGACGGGGAGCAAGGGCAGGGGCACUCGCGGCAAAGACAAACUCACCAGCAUGCAGAGCCCCAAGACUCUAGAGGAAUUACAGAUGGAAAACCAAGCUCUGAAGCAUCUGACUGAUACUUUAUCCAAACGACUGCACAUGUGGGAGGUUAACGCGCAAUCAUCUUCCAUGGCUUUGCAGCAAUCUCUGAGAGCAAUGCAUCAUCAAAAUGUUCCAUCCCCAGAGCACUACCCACAGUCUACUCCUACUGUCGCUUCACCUACCACAUCUCUCUCUACACCAGCCACUGCAGAUCAAGAGCAACGCAUCAGAGAGCUUGAGGAACUGAUCCAACAGAGCGAGAAAGAACUCGACAAGGUUGGUCGUGAGAACGACAAACUACGAAAUGUCCUGGGAAGAUAUAGAGAUCGAUGGGAGAAGCUAAAGGAGGGUGCGAAAACUCGGCGAGAGGGCAGGUCAACUGGAGAUAGGAACAGCUAUGCAGAGCCUAGCACACCGGUUCGGACUGGCAGUACCAGCACACAGAAAGCUAGUGAGGCCACGCAAGUGCAAGCCGAGGGAGGAACUGAAAACGAUACCAACUCAGGUAAUGAACCUGAAGGCAAAAACGACUCUUCUAGCUGA